AUGAGCGCAAGUGCAGGGGUGGAUCCUAAACCGCCUCGACAGCCAAAGUUCCCAACUCACAACUCGCCGCGUGUGUGGUUCCUGACCAGCGCCAAUUCCCCUGUCGGCAUCUCGUUGGCGCGACACCUCCUCGACCAUGGAGAUUACAUUGUCGCCGGCGUGCCUGCGCUAGAGUUUGAAAAGAAUGCCGAACAGUCAACACACUUUCGCGACUUUCUCGACGAGGUCAAAGAGCAGGAGACAUGGUCGGGUCGGCUGAGGGUUGUCGGUCUGGACGUACGCAUCAUGGGCCAGUGCCAAAGCGCCAUCGCAGAGGCCGUCCACAGCUUUGGUCGCAUCGACAUCCUGUUCUGCUGUACCUCAGAGACUCUGAUUGGCACCGUCGAAGAACUGUCACAGACGACUCGCACCCACUCUCUCAUCCGCGACCAGUUUGAGACAAACUUCUUUGGUCCCGUCAAUGUGAUCAAGUCUAUCCUGCCCACCUUCCGCACAAAGAGGAACGGCCAUAUUGUCAUGCUUUCCAACCUCUCGGGCCACAUGGGUACUCCAGGCAUGUCCAUCUAUUGCGCCAGUCAAUGGGCCAUCGAAGGCUACUGUGACAGUCUUGCCUACGAGGUUGCCCCCUUCAACAUCAAAAUGACCAUUAUACAACCCAACAUGGAAAUUGCUGUCUUGACCAACCGUAUAACCGCUGCUCCUCCCAUGCCUGCCUAUGCUGCCGACCAAAACCCUGCUCCCUUGUUCCGCGAUAUUCUGGCAGGCAUGCUUGACCGUCUCGAAGGCUCAGAUGAGCCGACCACUGGCGAUCAGCUUCAGUCUGACACCAUCAACACCAUUUAUGCUCCUCUGACCAAAGGGAUGAAGGAAUCCCUGGUGGCCGAGACGGUUCAUGCUGUUGCUGCAAUUGGCGGUCACGACAACCCACCUGCUCGGCACAUUGUCGGUCUUGAAGGUACUGCUACUGUCAAGGAGAAGCUCAAGACUGUGAGCGAAGAGCUCGAAGACUUUGUUGCUAGCAGCGCUGCCGUCGACAUUGACAAGCAUGAAGACCCCAACCUCCAGCAAAACCAUCAGACUUGA